GCCAACUGGGUUUGUUUGCGGGUUUUUCAUCGUUUUGCCAGCGAUUUACAUUUUUUUUUACUCUAAAGGUUUACGCAAAAACAAGAUGUAGAAGAUAGAUCCAUGGUCUUCUUUCAUAACAUCAAUCCUGGGGCUCGUGUCCAAGUAAGAUGGCGGGGAGAAAUCGAAAACGGGACGAUUCGAUAUGCGGGUAGCUUGGUAGCUAAAGAUGGCGAAUGGGUUGGCAUCGAGUUGGACAAUAGAGUUGGUAACACAAGUGGUCUGUACAAGGGGAUCCAGUACUUUCACUGCAAGGAUGGUUAUGGAAUAUUCACCCAUGCAAGAAACGUCAGAUUUAUACCAAGCAAAAGAAUGUUACGUGAUUCAUACAAGCCAGUGUCAAAGGCAUCUUUUAUAGAUGAGACUCUCUUUGCCAAACCUGAAGUCACCCCAGUGAAGAGCUUCUCAGGUCCUGAAGUCAUAACUCCCAAGUACCUUGACAGAGUUAAAACAAUGAUUCAAGGUGAAGUUACUUGGCCUGAAGCAAAGACUAGAUUUAACAAAAGUCACUUAGUUGGGGCACACAUACCAUCUGCAACAAGACAACGCAGCCAAUCAGCAACAAGUCUCCAUCACAACAAAGAUUUUAACUGGAACAAACAUUUCAUUUCUCCCUGCUCCAUUCCUCACAGUCACGUGCCUCGACCCAUUUUAAAGAGAAUGUUAAGAUUUGAAUACUUUGGGUCAACAAUUCCAAGGCAUUCUAGUCUUUCUUGAGGAAGUAUUGUUGCCAAAAGCAAGCAGUGUGAGAAAGGUUAAGGGCCAAUGGUGGGGUGACUCCCACAUGAAAAGGUCGGGGAUACUUGUCGAAAUAUUUGAAGAUUUAAUAUAUGACCACUAAAAGAUGCCAGUUAAAACAGAGUAGGCUCAAUUAUCAGCCAUUGUUCAGGAAAGGAGCCCAUGCUAGUAAACCAGACACAAGAGACCAGCAGAAGUUGAGCCUAAAAAUGGAAAUAAGAACGUUAACUUUCUCUGAUUAUCAUUUCUCCGAGUGCACCCUAAAAGAUAUUUUGACUGCUAAAAAUAGUGGCGUUUAGUCAUCAUCACCUUAGGUGCAACCAGAAUUCUACAUUUAUACCCCGAAGUGAGAUGACGAACAUCCCCAACCUUUUGAUAUGGGAUUCCCACAGGGGUACAGGGGCUUGCAGUACUCUACAGUAAAUACAUGUCUGGGUUUCUCAAUGGGAAGUAAAAGAUAUGAGAACAAUGAAAGUACUUUUCAGUUGUGAUUAAGCAAUCAAAGGAAGACAUCCAAAUUAGUACUGAUCCCCUGUUUCAUAUACAAGGUUUGCAUUGACAGCUACAGUGUAUCUACAGUUAUGUAACUAUUAUAGGAUUUUCAUUCAAAUCUUAAUCAACUCUCCUCAAAACUUUGUAAUUUUCUGAAUUUGGCUUGUAUGGUAAAAAGUAAGGAAGAAGACAUUGUUUAAGAGUUCAAGAAUGACACGUUUUUCUGAUUUUGUUCAUUAUUACUCAUGCAUAUUGAACUACAUGUACAUUGUAUACAGUUUACAUUCAGUGGAAAUUUCUAGUUACAAAAUGUUUUUCAGAGUUUCCACUAGUUUUUGCUAGUUAAGGGUCCUUGGGACCCCCAGUUCCAAAGAUUUGGGGGUUCUUUUUGCUUUUCAGGGGCCCUUUGCCUAUUUAAUAAAACUUUCGGAACUUUUUUUUUCCUACUUUUGCCAAAAUACUGUUCAUCUAUUUUUUUUGUGCAUGUAAGAUGCACACCUGUGUGUUAAUGAGAACUCUGGUUCUUGUCAAUGGCUCCUGCUAAUUUCUACAGGUAUGUAUUUUACUAAACAGUACUAAAAACCUGGCUCAGUUAAAACAAGGUUUUGUUUUGUAAGUUUUUUUUUUUUUGUACAGUCACCCAAUUAAA